AAAAAGACAAGGGACAUGAGAAAAUAGACACAUUGUUUAUGGCUCUGCAUGUUUAUUUAGAAUUCAUCGUGUACUGCUUUAUGGCUUCAACAAUAUCAGAAACUAUGUCCUGGAUUUGUGCUCAUUUUAAAAAAGCAAUACGACUAUUCCUUUACAAGCUUAUGCGGGGUCAUUCUAUUGUAGAUAUUUCACUUUUUCCAAAGCCAGCAUAUGUUCUAUCACCGAUUUCUUAAGCCUAGAACCAUCGACAGCUUGUCGACAGGUGC